CUUGCGGGAUUUUAAUUUCCCCACCAGGGAUUGAACCCGUGCCCUCAGCAGUGAAAGCCAGAGUCCUAACAACUGGACCACCAGGGAAUUCCCUGAAAUAGUAUUUUUAGCUUCUGGGAGCAUGCCAAUCUUCACCGAGUACGAAAUUAUAUGUCUCCAAACACUUGGGUGAUCAGCUGCAGAGAGCAUUUGGCAAAAAUAGGAUCAUGAUACCUUUAAAGGUGGGGUGAAGCUCACCUGGAUAUAUCUUUUCCCAACUCCCCUCCUGGCAAAGCUAGUCCUUUCUAGCAGGAAGUCCAGUCUCCUCAGUGUGUGGAUCUGUUGGGACUACAUUACCCAGAAUGCUCAGUAUCGAGCGGCAGGAACGCUACCCAAUGAACGCUUAGAGACAGGAGGCCGCAUGAUGUCAGGGCGGAACUUCUGGCUUCCUUUUCACAGCGGCCAUGUUAGCUACUCUUGGUUUUGUUUGACCAGUGUGAGAGAUUUGGGAAUUGUGGGUCCAUCUCGAGGUGACGGAAUUGAGAAGGUCCGAGAGGAGGGGCUGUCUCCGCGGCAUAGAGGCGGGUCUGAAAUUCGGCGACGCCGCCCGGGGGCCCCGUGCCAGGCCCAGGAGAGGGUCCGCCGUCCCUGCGUCCCGCCUCUCCCGGCCCCGCUCCGCCCACAGAGUCCGAUGGCGGCGGCGGCGCUGAGGAACCUGCCUCAGGGCAGUGUGACCUUUGAGGAUGUGGCCGUGUAUUUCUCCUGGGAGGAAUGGGAUCUCCUUGAUGAUGCUCAGAGAUGCCUGUACCACAACGUGAUGCUGGAGAACUUGGCACUUAUAACUUCCUUGGGUUGUUGGCAUGGAGCAGAGGAUGAAGAGGCACCUCCUGAACAGAGCAUUUCUGUAAAUAGAAUGUCACAGGUCAGUACUCCCAAGGCAGGUGUGUCCACCCAAAAGGCCCAUUUUUGUGAGAUAUGCGGCCCGGACUUGGGAGACAUUUUGCACUUGACUGAGCACCAGAGGCAGAAACUGUAUGAUAUUGGGGCAUGGGAGCAGCAGUUGUAUUUCAGUGCAAAACUUCAGCACCAAAAGCAGAACAUUGGCGAGAAAUGCUUCAGAAGCAACAUGGACAGAGCCUCAUUUAUGAAAGACUGCAAAUUUUUUGUGUCAGGGAAGUCCCUUUCCCAUGGGGAGUCCACAUACACCAGGGAGAAGUCAAACAGGGGAACUGAGUGUGGAGCUGCCUUUCACAGGGGGAAAACUCAUUAUAACUCUGGAGAAUGUACUGAAGACUUUAGUUGCAAACACAUGCUUUUUCAGCACCAAAGAGUCCCCACUAGAGAAAAAUGCUACAUGUGCAGCGAAUGUGGGAAAUCUUUUAGCAAAAGCUACAGCCUCAAUGACCAUUGGAGAGUUCAUACUGGGGAAAAGCCUUAUGAGUGUGGGGAAUGUGGGAAAACCUUUAGGCAAAGCUCUAGCCUCAUUCAACACCGGAGAGUUCACACUGGAGUGAGGCCUCAUGAGUGUGACGAAUGUGGAAAAUUAUUUAGCAACAAAUCCAACCUCAUUAAACAUCGGAGAAUUCAUACUGGGGAAAGGCCAUAUGAGUGUAGUGAAUGUGGGAAAUCCUUUAGUGAAAGCUCUGCACUCCUUCAACACCGGAGUGUUCACACUGGAGAAAGGCCUUAUGAGUGCAGUGAGUGUGGGAAAUUCUUUACCUACCACUCCAGUCUUAUAAAACACCAGAGAGUUCACUCUGGAUCAAGGCCCUAUGAGUGCAGUGAAUGCGGAAAAUCCUUUACUCAAAACUCUAGCCUCAUUGAACACCAUAGAGUUCAUAGUGGAGAAAGGCCUUAUAAGUGCAGCGAAUGUGGGAAAUCUUUUAGCCAAAGCUCUGCACUUCUGCAACAUCGGAGAGUUCACACUGGAGAAAGGCCUUAUGAGUGCAGCGAAUGUGGGAAAUUCUUUACUUACAGCUCCAGUCUCUUGAAACACCAGAGAGUUCACACUGGAUCAAGGCCUUAUGAGUGUAGUGAAUGUGGGAAAUCCUUUACUCAAAACUCCAGCCUCAUUAAACACAGGAGAAUUCACACUGGAGAAAAGCCUUAUGAGUGCAGCGAAUGUGGAAAAUCUUUUAGCCAUAGCUCCAGCCUCAUUAAACACCGAAGAGUUCACACUGGUUAAAGGCCUGAUGAGUGCAGUGAAUGUGGGAAAUCCUUUACCCAUAGGUCCAACUUCAGUGACCACUAGAGUGUUCAUAUUGGAGAAAGGCUUUAUGUGCACUUGAAUGUGGGAAAUUCAUCUCCAGACUCCUAAAACACCAUAGUGUCACAUUGGAGCAAAGCCUUAUGAGUAUGGCAGAUGGGGAAAAUCCUUUGGCCAAAGUCUAGCCUCAGUACACUCCAGAGAAUUCACAGUGGAGAAAGGCCUUAUAACUUAUAAAUUCAGUGAGUGUGAGAAAGCCUUCCGCUGAAGAACAUACCUCAUGGGAUACCACAGAUUUCAAAUGGGAGAACUACCUUCAAUGUGCAGGUAUAUAUGAUUUCUUUGUUCAGUGCAACAACACAGGAGGAGAUCCCUUAUGAAGAUGCCAUUUGCCUGUAUUGAACCAGAUACAUCCAAACAUCCACUUAAAUUCCAGGUAUGUGGGAGCUGCAUUGCACUUUUUAACCUGUCCAGGGCCCUUGCCAGAUUUAUGUCACCGCCAGUUCUGUAGCAGAAGUCAUUUCACCUCUAACCACCUGGCAGAUGCCCAUAGUGUGCAACAUUCACCCAACCUAGGAAGGAAACCCCAGUGCUCCCCCACUUGUGGGAUGAUUCAUGAGUAGCUUGAACACUUAGUCUUUCCCAGUUUUUUUUCCUCCCUUAUGAGUUAAAUCAUGGACCUUACCCAGUUUUGGCCUAAAGGACUCCGUUGGUGAUUUGAAAAGAUGGACUACAUUUUUCAGUAAUAUUAUUGAUCUCAUGAGACUCUAGUGAUGGGAUUUUCCAGCCUCCAAGUCACCAGCCUGGGGAACAGUCUGCCUCCCAUUGCUCUUGUUUGUAUAAUAAUAAAGGUCUUAUUGUUUAAGACACCAUUAAUCUUAGGGGUUCUGUUCACUGUAUGGGGUGGUUUGUUGUAAACUGGGUUUGUUGGCUUGAGAUGAACUGCUCUGGUCAGGAUCCCAAACUGUGUGCCUCGGCAGGGACAGUAUGAUGACAGAAUAUGCCUCUCCAGUUUUGGCCUAGGUUGCAUUGCUGCUCAAAACCUUCAAGGAAAGACUGCAGGGCUUUGUGGUGUUAAUUUUUAGAUGGCAUGCCAUGAUGUUUUGUAAGUUCAGAGUUCAAACUGAGGAGGGGGCUGUUUCUGGUUGCUGUGACAACCUUUAGUGCUUUUGAGAGCAACAUAAACUUAUUCUCUUGUUCACAGGUGAUAUUUCAUCAUGCUCAGCACUGUUGAGGGAAAUCUGUUCCCCAGGUCCUGCAGCAGAGCUAUGUGCCCUGAUGUCCUGAAUUCUGUAGGGUAACAUCAAUGGUUUUAAGAUUAAAGGGGCCAGGGAAGUGAUAAUUGUUACAGAAACACUGGAUUAAUAGAGAGUGGAGGAGACUACAACAUAAUGGUUAGAAUGUGCCUCUUUUAAAAGGUCACUCACGACGUUUAGUCACUAUGGUUGUGAAGGAUGAGCAGGUACAGAAAUUCUCAGGACGUCCAGAACUGUAUAUCCUGUGUAGCUGAAGGCCUUAUCAAAACGUUUUGUGGGGCUUCCCUGGUGGCGCAGUGGUUGGGAGUCUGCCUGCUGAUGCAGGGGAUGCAGGUUCGUGUCCCGGUCCAGGAGGAUCCCACAUGCUGUGGAGUGGCUGGGCCUGUGAGCCAUGGCCGCUGGGCCUGUGCGUCCAGAGCCUGUGCUCCGCAACAGGAGAGGCCACAGCAGUGAGAGGCCCACGUACCAAAAAAAAAAAAAAAAAAAUGUUUUGUGGAUUCCUGAGGCUUCUCUGGGCUGUUCAUCUAAGGCCAUUGCUGUGCAAACAGGAAAACAAGGAUAGAGAGAAGAGAGAUUCUUAGUCUAGUGAUAUGGUAUUUUUGACCCAUCCAGUAUCCCUGUUGAAUGAAGUGGAAAUAGUCUUUGUUUCCACUUCAAAAAUUUCUCACUUAUUUUUGCUGCCCCUGAGGCAAGUGCUGAACCUGCCCAUUGAGUCAGUAUGGUUGCCAAAACUGAUUUUCUAGAGUAGGAAAUCCAGAAUUUUAAGUUGAAUCAUAUUUUUAAAGUUUUAAUAAGUAUAAAUUAUAUGCAGUAAAUAUCUAUAUUUAAGCUAUAAAAUUUGAUAAAUUUUGAUAUCUAUAUAAACCCAUGAAACCAUCAAUCAUUAUAAUAAACGUUUCUGUCACCUCCAUACUUACCUUUAAUAAUCCUUUAAUAACCUCUUUGUCCUCCAAGCAGCCAUUGAUUUGCUUUUCGUUAUAACAAAUUAGUUUGCAUUUUCUAGAAUUUUAUAUGAUUGAAAUCAUAAAGUCUUUUCUUUUUUUUCCUUGGGUGCCCUCAUGUGGCAUAUUUAUUUUGCAGUUCAUGGUGCUUACAUGAGUAGUUCAUCCUUUUUAUGUUAUUGAAAAGUGUGUUGUAUUGCUAUAGCACUAUUUAUUUAUUUAUUCGUCUGUUUAUGGAUGUUCUAAUUGUUUCCAGUUUUGGCUAUUGCAAAUAAAAGUGGUACAGAAAUUG